AUGCUGGUCAGUGAGUUGGGAGAAAUGCGGUUUCACAACGCGGCAGAUGGUGAGCUCGGGGGCAGUUUUGACGACGAUUGCGUAGACCGUUUGUGGAAUAUCUCAACUCACGUCGUGGUCUGCAUCUUUGGCGGAGCUGAGGGUCAUCGUGCUGAGGUGCUUCACGGGGAUAUUUCACUCACCGGAGACUUCUUGCUGUCUGCGAGUAUGGACCACACAAUCAAAAUUUGGUGCCUCAACACACCCGAACUUGAGACCGCAAUUAGGCGGUCGUUUAAGCCGGUGACCCAGGAAGCUUGUGGCUUUCAACUUGGGCCUAUAAAGCAGACGUCGACAAACCAGUCUGCAAAAUUCGUCUUCGUGUCGAAGGCCUCUCACAAACCUACGAGCGUGGCAAAAGAGCCAGUUCAGCCCGACCCGCCUGAUUCGAGGAGAGCGGAGGAGAAGAGCAUGAAAAAGAACUCGCAUAGCCGAUGUUGCCUGUACAGGCUGCGUCACUACCACGUUUUACACAGCCGUCAACAGCGAUGUCGGCUGCGAGCGUGGUUCCGUGUCUAUGGCGUAGGUCAUAUUUCAGUCGAGAGUGGAUCACCGUUCACGUGA